GUACGUGCCAACAAUUCAGAACUGAGUUUCCAGCUACUGAUGUCACUAAAACUGUGUUUCCUGUGCUCAUUGCUGUUUAUUGGACGUCCCACACUGUGGACAUGUCAGCUGAGACAUGCAGCAUUUGGCAUCAGCUUUGUGCUUUGCAUGUCAUGCAUCCUGGUCAAAACCAUGGUGGUUCUGGCUGUGUUCCAGGCUUCUAAGCCAGGAGCUGGAGCCGGUCUGAAGUGGUUUGGUGUUUUGCAGCAGAGAGGGACAGUUCUGGUUCUUACUUCUCUUCAGGCAGCAAUCUGUACUGCCUGGCUUGUUUCUUCCUCACCAACACCUCAUAGGAACACCCAGUACCACAAUGACAAGAUCAUUUAUGAGUGUGUAGUUGGGUCCACAGUUGGUUUUUCACUGCUACUUGGCUACAUUGGCUUUCUUGCUCUCCUCAGUUUUCUGUUAGCAUUUUUAGUAAGAAAACUUCCAGAUAAUUUCAAUGAGGCUAAACACAUCACUUUCAGCAUGCUUAUUUUCUCUGCUGUUUGGGUGGCAUUUGUUCCUGCUUAUAUAAGCUCACCAGGCAAAUAUGCAGAUGCAGUGGAGGUAUUUGCCAUCUUGGCUUCUAGUUUUGGCCUCUUGGUGGCACUGUUUGGACCCAAAUGUUACAUCAUCCUGAUGAGACCAGAGAGAAACACAAAGAAAGCAAUCAUGGGUAGAGGCAUCACCAGGUAAUCAGAUUAGCCAACAAGGCCUCCAGUGUAAAUGACCAUGUAGCUGUUUGUUCCUACCCUCUGAUUUGACCUGGCCAAGUGUACUGCUAACAAAAAUAUGCUGUAGAUAAAUCAUGCAACAGUGUUUCCAGAGCUGGACUGGUAAUCUGGCACACCAUGCAUUUCCCAGUGGGCCAACCCAUCUUGUGGCUGAUAUAAUUUAAUUUUAGAUUCUUAUUUUUAAAAACAGAUGGCCAACAACAAGCAGGGACAGUGGCCCAGUGGUUCAUUUUCUAUACUGACACCAGGCUCGCCCAGUCACAUGUCUAAAGUCUUACUUUG